AAUUUGUUAAGCUAUUUUUGCAAUUUUUCUGUAAUGUCGUCCAAGAGAAGAAGCGCUAGUACGAACAAUCCUCCAGAAUUGAACAGAGAAGGGGGUAAUAGCGAGUUAAAUCCGUCUUUAAGAAUUGAUUGUGGCAUAUCUUCCGUCGAUUGCGAAGAAGGGCUUACACCGGAAUUUGAAGCUAACAUUGGAUUAGUAGAAGAAGAACAGAAUGAAAUAACCGAAAUUUUUCUUCAGAUUGAUCAAGAAAAGGAAGAAACACUAGCUAAAUUACAUUUUUCAGAUGUUACUAUUGCCUUAUUAGUUAAUUAACUAAUUAAUUAAUGAUUAAUUAUAUUUAUUUUAUUAUUAUAGUAUGUUAAAACUAAUUUUUCUACUGCAAAUAAUGGCAGUUUCACUGAAAAUGCCAUAAAACAACCACUAAUAGAGAAAAAGCAUGAACUGGACAAAACUGUACGUAAUCUUUGUUUUUAUAUUAUUAAGAAAUAUUUUGAAUAGUGAAAUUCUGUCAUUUCUUUGAAGUAGAGAUAAAGAUUUUUUAGAUGUUAAUCCAUCAGUCUGUUUUUCUUUUUUUCGUCUACAGAUUUCUGUGGCCAUAUUUGUUGCAAUUCAAAAAUUUAUGGGCGAUGUUGUUCUAACAAGACCUAAUAAAAAUACUAAUGAUCGUGUGCCAAUAAUGACCAAAGUCUAUAGGUCUUUGGAAAGAGCCAUUAAAGUAUCAAGAAGGGCUAGUGUACAAAACCCAACUAACAACAAUAAAGAAUCUAAGGAGUAUUUGUCGUAUAAAUUAAAGAAAAGGAAUUCUUUCUUAAAAAAGUUCACAAGACAAUCGAGUAAUACGGAUGAUAGAGAAGAAAAAGCUAAGAAGAAAGAGAAACUUUUAAGAGAGAAGUUUGACAAUGAACCGACCGACUACCUUUACGACUCCGGACCUGCAGGGGUUAUUGCCAACCUGCCUGCUACUGAAAUGGAAAUACUGCAUUUUAUUAUUGGACAUGCCAUAUUAAGAAAAGAUAUAAGAGAUGAAUUGUUUUGUCAAGUUUGUAAACAGUUGACAAAUAAUAAAAAGGCUGAUAGCUGCAAAAAAGGAUGGGUACUAUUAUCCUUGAUUUCUGGAUGUGUUGUCCCAUCAGGACGUCUCUUUCGAUAUAUUCGAUGUUUUUUAAGAGACGCUCCAAAAGAGUAUCAUGAUUAUUCCAAAUAUACAAGAAAAAUAAUAAGUAGAACGGCUGCAAACGGUAUGAGAUAUCAUCCACCGAAUUGGUUGGAAUAUCAAACAUCGUUGGCAAGACAGUACAUCGUACUACCAAUUACAUUCGCUGAUGGAAGAUUGGAAUCUAUAGAAGGAGAUUCAGCUACCACUUCAGCCGAGUUAUGCAAUCGUUUGGCUAAUAAAAUUGGUUUAAAGGAUUUCUUUGGAUUUUCAAUAUUUAUCCGAGUGUAUGAUAAAAUCUCAAGUCUGGGUAGCGGAAUGGAUCACGUUAUGGAUGCAAUUUCUGAAUGUGAGCAGGUCGUUUUUGGAAGGGGACAAAAGACUGAAGAUGCACCUUGGAAAAUCUUUUUCAGAAAAGAAAUGUUUAGUCCUUGGCAUGAUCCUUCCUACGAUCUCAUUGCUACCGAGUUAAUAUUUGUACAAAUAAUGAAAGGAAUAAGAUUGGAGGAGUAUAAAGUUAGAUCUGAAGAAGAGUUGGCUCGCUACGCUGCUAUUCAUUAUUUUAUAGACAAUGGAUGUGAAUUGGAUGAGGCUAAAUUGUCAAAAAGUUUAUCAAAGUACCUUUCAGAGAAUUGCCUAAAAUGGGGAAGAACACAGGAAGGUUGGACUCAGGCUAUCACAUCUUCUUUUCACGAAGUCUGUCAAGAGGGAAAGGAUACAGGACAAUUCAAGCAGGAGAUUGUGACUGAAGCCCCAAAAAAAUGGGUUUUACAAUUUGCAGGUCUAUUCGAGGCAUUUAGAAUUGGAGGACCAAAAUUGACAAAAAAUGAUGUAAUUGUUGCUGUAGCUGCAAACGGUUUUUAUAUAUUGGACGAACCAUAUAAAAUCAAAGCAGUUCUAUAUUAUUAUAACAUCGUUGAAGUAUUUGCAAGUAGAGCUGGAAAGGUCAGAGGACAAAGUUUUACUCUAAUUACAAUCAAAGGAGAUGAAUGGACAUUUAUAUCACCAAAUUCACAAACAAUUACGAAACUUAUAUCAACAUUUCUGGAUGGUCUUAGAAGGAGAUCUAAAUACGCUGUUGGCCUACAAGAUUUUAUUCUCGAGACGAAACAGAGUAAAUUCAGUUUUAGCCAAGGAGACGUUAUCCAACUGGUAGAUGAAGAUUCGCAAAGAGAGCAUUGGAGUGUUGGAAUUAACGAAAAGACAAAAGUUAAAGGAUGUUUUCCCUUUGAUUCUGUUUACGUUAUACCAUCUUUAGAAAGACCUCCAGAUGAGUUUUUGAAUACCUUUGUAAACAUGAAACAAGAUACAUUGUCAAGGCCGAAAAAGAGAGGGGCAGUCGUCCUAUCUACAGGAACUAUUGGAAGACACAAUACGCAUGGUUUAGAUACAGUGGCUUAACCUAUGACAAAGAAUAUCAUUUUAAAAGAAAAACAUGCACAACAAUAAAAUAAUAAUAACAAACAAGAAACGAUAUGAGAAAAUAGAACAUUACUUUUCAAUCUUUUCUCUCAUUUUUUUUUAUUGGUUCAUUCAACAAUACACCUUAGCUUUUGGGAAUAAAAUUUUUAAUCUUCUCACGUACAUAAACUAAAUAAACUGUAUCAAAUAUACCGUGUCCUGAAUAGAUGAUCCUAUUAAUUUACGUAAUAGAGAGAAUGUCACGCACGUGAUGCUUCGAUCUUUA